AUGCGGCCACCAGUCACGUUGCCGGUCCCUUAUUUCCACUGCCAUUUAUUUUGGACGAGGGGCGAGAGAAACCGGAGCGCAAACCGUCACGGCCGGGGCGUUCUGCGGAGCGUCAUACUGUCACGUCAUUCACGUCAAAUUCCAAGCGAGCCGUUUGAAUUAGCUCCGCCGGAGGCGGCUGGGAGGCACAAGGAGCUUUGUGGAGAUCCUCCGCCGCGAGAGCCCGAGCGAGAGCAGGUUCCGUUCCUUCGUGCUGCUGGGGCCGAAAAGCUACGCGAGGGGCUGCUUUUAGAAGGAAACGUUGGGAUUCUACGUAACGUUCUCUGUUGUUUUGUUUCCGGUUGUAGCGAGACCGCGCGCAUUGAGGAUCAGCCCGACCCGGUGAGCAGUUCCGGAGGUAGCGAGACGAGGGAGGCGGCGAGCGAGCCGUCCGGCUGCCCUUACCGCCGUUUUUGGGGCCGGCGUAGGACUGCCGCCGGGCUCUGCCAGCUUUUCAGAGCUGGAGUACCGUCGCCGCCCGGUUUCCAUCGCACCUUCAGGAGGUGCCGCCGCUCGCUUCCUCGAGUCCCGACGCGGCGUUCUCAGCCGCGUCGGGCUUUUGGGCGGUCGCUUCGGUUCCUUCCGCCGUCAUCGGCGGGAGCGAGCGGGACGGGGCCGUACUGUUCCAGCCUUUGUGCUGGUGAGGGUGACACGCGACGCGAAGGUUUGCUAACACUUAAGUUUACGUUUUCGCAGGCGGAGCCUCUUGUCGGCCCGAUCCGGCGAGCGUUCGGGGUGCCAGGACAGACAGACGCGGCAGUUCACGCGAGGAAGCCGAACGGACCGUGCUGCGCCCGGGGGCGAGCGGAGGAGCGCUCGGCGGCGGCUGGAGUUGGCCUCACCGCUGCGGGGAAGAACCGUAUGACAGGAGCGGCACCCGAAGAAGACCGUGCUGUCCCGGCGGGUGAGAGGUACCGCGGGCCGGCCGCGCGCCCUCGUGGCCGAUGUUAUCCCGGGGUCGAGGAAGACGGGACGUUUGCGGAGUCUGGCAGAGAGCGGUGAAGACGAUGGGGGCGCGGGAG